CGGGUCGAACAGGCUUUGACUGGCUAUGAAAAUUGCUCCCAUUAAGGAAAGGAACAAUCAUUAUUCAAUUACCUUCAGUUUAACCUUUUUCCGGCCACUGUACUUUUUUGCUUCUUUCUUUUUUCACUACAUCGAAUCGAAUAUGUGUGUGAUUAUUUAUAGGGUUUAUUAAUAAGAACUUCACUUUCCCCUUUGUGUUCUCUCUUCGAUCCGAAAAAUGGCGAAUUUUUCUCGUCAAAUGCGACUCUCCUCUACUCUACUGAGGCUUUUACAGCAAAGAGUAACAGCAGUGAAUUCAACUUCUUCGAGGAAAUUUACCACGACGGAAGGUCACCGUCCCACCAUUGUUCACAAACGUAGUCAUGACAUUCUUCACGAUCCAUGGUUUAACAAGGGAACAGCAUUCUCAUUUACAGAACGUGAUCGUCUUCACAUUCGUGGCCUCCUGCCUCCAAACGUGAUGUCUUUUGAACAACAAACUGCACGGUUCAGUAAGUCUCUAUCCACAAUUUAAAUGCAA